AUGGUUAAUUCCUUCAGAUCGAUCAAAACCUAUUUUUCAAGGUACUUUCAUCGUCAUGGUGAUGACUCUCCUGAAUCCUCCUCUGGGUUCCCUGAGUCACCUCCUGAAUCUUCUCCUGAGUCUUUAAGACAGUCCGCCGCUGAUCUGGAGUUUGCUCCUUCCACUUAUGAUCCCAAAAUUCGAAAAAGAGAUAAGGUCAGAGCAUUCUUCAGGUACUACACUGGAAGAAUCAAAGUAGAGGAAGAGGUUAUCGAAUUGCCUGAGAUGCUUACGUUAGAUCCUUUUGCUCCUCAUAACAAACAGUUCAUUGAACAAAUAGAAACUCCCCAGAAAGAUUCGAAAACUAUCCUUUUAGAUUCCCUUGCACCAGUGUUAUCUAUUCAGCCAGAAAGUCCCAAGUUUGGUAACUUGGAUAUCAGUGACUUCGAUAAUAAGGAGAACUUCAACAGGGAGAACUUCAAUAGAGAGAACUUCAACAUGGACAACUUCAACAAGGACAACUUCAACAAAGAAAACUUCAACAAGGACAACUUCAACAAGGACAACUUCGAAUACAGAUAUGAUCAUUCCUAUGACAUUGUUGAACCUCCAGAAUUAUUUCCAAAAGAGAAACAUGCUAAAUGGGAAAGAAGUCAGAUGCUCAGACACACAGCUUCUAAAACUUCAUUAAGAAGAAAAUCCGUCAUUUUUCAAGAUCCUAUUGAUGAUAGUCAAUUAUCUGUGGAUUUAAACUCUCCAAUAAUGGGGAAUGUUUCCCAAUUCUUCAAAAGUGUUAGUAGUCUUUUCAAUAGUCCCACCAAACUGGAAAUCACUACCGACAUUAAUAAUGAAGUGGUUUUAGCCAAAUUCCCUGAAUCUCCAAUGAGUGCCCGAAAAGCUUUUGAAUCUCACACAAAAGAAUCUACUAUCGACAUGGCAAAGUUACGAGCUGAAUCAGUUGAUAUCCUCCAACAGAUCAAACAAGGUCAAUCAGAAACUUACAAGAGCUUAUUCCAUCCAACUGAUGAUAUUCCCACCUUGACUCAACUGUUGGAUCCUAAUGACCUGCAAUUGAGUCAAUCUUUUGUUUUCUAG